AUGGGUCAAGGAGCAUCGCACGAUACCCCGCAAUUGACACUAGAGCAGCUCUCACAAACCAUAGCCCAACGAUUCGCACAGAAAAGCUUCUCCCCUCUCGAGCUCUACUGCUUCAACUCCGUGUUCCGAUCCCUCGCUGAUACUGAAUCCGGUGUGAAAUACUGGAGUGAGAGCACACUAUGUCGGUUCCUCGAGCUACCAGAUGCGCUGGGCGUGGGCUCUGUCGUCUUUCAGAUGGCUAGUUAUCUUGGAGCAUUCCCACUCCCUAGUCAAGCGCCAGCUAUACUUACGCACGAGGCGCUGCUCAAGGUUGUCACUAUACUUACAGAGAGAUAUGGAGCUGUGCUCAAGAGGAGAGGGAAGGAGAUCUGGCUAAGAGAGCUCUACCGGAGUUUGGCCAUAUACGACAAGGGUAUACGCUCAAGUCUGGAAGACAAGGAAAAAGAAGAGAUGGACCAUCAGCCGAAGCAAUGGAAAGAGGGGAGCAGUAAUCUGGGGUUUGCCAUCGAUGCGCCUGAAGAGGGAGAAGCAGGGGAGGACGAGGAUGACGAUGAGUUGGUGCUGGCUGCGUUGGACUCUAUGGAUGCCAUCGAUGCGUUCAAACAUGGAGAACAAACGAACGUACAUCAUUCGAUCAUACCGACCGACAAUUUCCUCAAGCUGGUCGAACUACUACUGCUCAUCGCGCCGAUCGAUGCGCAGCAAAGCGUCUCGUCACUGGCACCAGACCUUUCAGACAAAAGAGUAGCGGAGCUGCGGCAGGCCGCGAAUGUUAUACUGUCGUCUUUUGGCGUGGACAAUCAUCCCGGUGUCACGUAUCGCACAUUCAAUACUGUCGUCUCGACGUCCUUACCAUACCUGUUCAAUGGUCUCAACCCACUCUUCGAGCAUUUCCUCUUCGCGAAAGACUUUGACCUCUCCAAACGGAAGUCAGGCCCUGGAUCUCCCACCCAAGAGAGCAAGCCUGUAAUACCUCCACCAAAGGCAGAAUUAGAACCAGUGCUCCGAGAACCGGGUGAGAUCUUGAAUCUGACGACACUGAGCCAAUUGUCAUUCUUUAUCAAAGGCAGCGAUCUCUUCCGGCGAUUGCGGCCUCUAUACAGCGGUAACACACAUGGCUUCAGCAUGGGAUCCUUUGAAAAGCAAGUUUUCAAUUGGCGUGCGCCCACCAUCCUUCUCGUAAAAGGCCGUCUUCUCCCCGCAACACCCUCCAGCACUCGCGAACGGGCACUGCAGGACAUGCUACCACCAAAACGCCUACCAGACAGCGUAACCUCCACCUCUCCUAAUCAAACCCUCAUCUACGGCGCCUACAUCUCUUCGCAAUGGAAACACACUGGCAAGACCUGUUUUGGCGACUCCUCAACAGAACUUUUUCAGCUUUCACCUACGCACGAUGUCUUUACAGCCUCAACCUUUAGCAAAGACUACACUUACUUCUCUAAAUCACCAACUUACCCCGCCGGUGUCGGUCUAGGUACCCCUAUCCCCACACAAUCAGCUUCCUCGUCGCAGUUUUCUCACUCUCCCUUCCGUCCUGGCCCGGUUUCCUUGCAUCUUGACGAUGCGCUUGAGUUUGGUAUCUUCACGCAUCUUUCCGAGGGUGGCGGCUCCUUCCAUCCAAGCAAGCAACCUGGAAGGAAGAAGAAGGAUUGGCAGGAUCGCUUCGAGAUUGAGAGUUUGGAGGUUUGGGGCUGUGGUGGGGACGAGGUUGCAGAACAACAAAGGAAAGAGUGGGCGUGGCAGGAGCGCGAGGCGGAGGCUAGACGGAGGGUCAAUCUUGGGACUGGAGACGCAGAAAUGGAUCGAGAGUUGUUGAAGAUGGCGGGUAUCAUCUCUGGUGACAGGAGUGGAGGCAGUAUGGGAUAAGUGGCCAUAAAGGUAUCGAUCACGAUGUAAUGACAUGCAUGACUGACAUAACUUCGAUGUCUUGAGUAGAUUCCAUUUGCUGCAGUAGCUGAGUGUUUGUUCCAAAUUGCUGUUGUACCC